UUCCCCGAGUCGGUCUGUUUUGGCGCAAAACGCCGAAAAUUUUCGGUGCGCGCACCAAAUCCCUUCUCAAAGAAGCGCUCGUCUCCCUCGAUCUUCCAAGUAACCGUGCGUAUCUAAGCUCCAAUGGAAGACUUCUCCGUUCCCUCAUUUUCAUUAGGGUUCGACAUCGACAUAGCCGAUCUAAGCACCGAAGGCGAAGAGGACGAAGAAGAAGGCGAUCGACGCCCCCUUCAGGCUUGUCCAGACCAGCGGCAGAACAAAGAAUGCAGCAUAAGUGAAUCUUCUUUGAUUCAAGAAUCGGAAGAUAUUGGAGGUCAGGAAAACCUAGAAGAGGCGCAAGAAGAGGACCCCCCUGCGCGGGUGCUCAAGCGUCUGAAGAGGGGGCCGCCACCUCCCUCUGUUGCGGCAGCUGGAGGUUCUCGCACGUCGGUUGAUGGAGGCAGUCUGACGCGUGAAUUACCUCCGUUGGAGAGUUUGCAUGACGAUAUUGAGGAGUUCUCUUCUCCAGAAAAGGUGCCUAAGCACUGCCCAGAUAAUUAUGCAUCUACUCAAAGUAAUGUUACCUGUUGCAAUACAAAAUUUUCCUUACUGCAUCGUGGUUUCCUAAGGGAUAAUUCAGAGUGUAAGAAGAUAGAUUCUAAAGUCACGCCUGCUUCUGGUGGCAUCUCCACUUUGACAGGAGUAAACACGAGCAAUGACAAGUAUGUUUUUCCAAGGUUAACCAUUAGCCCUAUUAGAAAGAUCAAUUUAAUUGACUCAGAUUCAGAUGAUUCUUCUGUCAGUAAAGGUAAAUGUAGAAAUAAUGAAAAGGCUGACGUAUCUUUGAAAAGAGGGAAGUAUUUUCAUGAAAAAUGCUCAACCUUGGAGCCGAAAAAAAGUUCUUUAGCAAGCAAAUGCCAAAAAGAAAGUUUUUGGAAAGAUUUUAGUCCAAAGAAAAGCAGCAAAUUAGAAACUCCAGCUCUGGAUGAGUUUUGUAAUGAAUAUUUCAGAACAGUGAAUGAUCAAAAUGUAAAUGAGCGCAAGGAAGAAAUGAGAUCUUCGGGUUUUGGCAGUUCUGGAGGGUUAGAUGUCAUUGAUGGAAAUGAUGUCUUGAACCCUUCAAAUAAAAUCAGCGGAAAGGCGGAUAUAAAUUGGGAUUUGUCGAGUCCUCAUCCUCCAGCAUAUCAAUAUUUCUACCAUAACGAUCCAAGGAUCCAGACAUUAGUCCGAGAGCGUUUACCACACUUUAUUCCUUUAGGAAUUAAGAAUAAUACUGAAGCUCAGCAGUUUGGUGCUCAAAAUCUUGAUUAUAUGGGUCAGUUUAGCACCACAUCUGCUGGUGCGGAGGCCCCCAUUGUGCCUGAAAAGUUAGCUAGAUCAAGUUCAAGUAAAAAGCAUAAUAAGGAAAGUCGUCGCAAUGUUAUAGAAGCCUCAGAUGCUGCGGGGAGUUGGGUGGAUCCUAGAAGCAAAGCUACCGUCCCUAAGGAUGCUGGAAAAAGAAGAGUCAGUGCUGAUGUCCGUCAAUCAGGUCACUGGUUUACCGACCAGGAUGGAAGAAAGGUGUAUGUCAGUCAAAAUGGAGAAAAAUCAACUGGUCGAACUGCAUAUACAAAAUACAAGAAGGAGACUGGUGGGUUUCGGAAAGCUAGAAGGAAAGCAGGAGCCAAAAAGAAUAAGAAACCUAAGCGCUAAUCGUCUUCUUAAAUCAUCUUUUUCAAAUGGAUGUUCAUAAUGAACUAAUUAUCAUUUGAUGUAGUUUUUCCUAUGCUUUGUUUUUCAUGUAAUUUCAUGAUAAUGAACACUAUAUUGUAGAGAGUUAUGUUGACUUCAUGUUUGAUGCAUAUAUGGAUUGCAAAUAUGUAGGGAUUUUUGUGGAGCAUAAAUUGUAUAGCAUUCAAAAAUGUGUAAUGUCA